AACUUCUGAAAGACGAAAAUGGCAUUUCAAAUCCGUCAUUUCAAAAAAUGUUUGCAAGUUUCUCCUCUAAUUACAAAAGUAGGACGAUAUCUUAAUGGUAAAACUAUGCCCAUUACUGAAGAACACAUCAGAAAUAAACUACAGAAGGAGUUAGAGGCCAGUCAUGUGGAAGUCAUUGAUCACUCAGAUGGUUGUGGCGAGAAAUUCUCUUGCUUGGUAGUUUCCGAUAAGUUUAACGGAAAACCUCUCUUGCAGAGACAUAGGUUGGUUAAUAAUAUUUUAAAAGAGGAACUUCAGAAUAUACACGCGUUUUCACAGCAAACGUUAACGCCGGAUCAGUGGGCUGAGAAAAAGUAGUUUUUACCAUGAUCGGUUUAUGUAAAAAUUUUGGUGAGGAGAUAGUUACAACAAAAGAAAACGGGAUAAAUUUUACGGUAUCAGCGCCAGGCAAGGUAAUAUUACAUGGAGAACACUCAGUAGUCUACGGCAGGUUGGCCAUUGCUGCCAGUUUGGGAUUAAGAACUACAGUACAGUUAGAAGAAAUUGAAAGGCCUAAUAGUUUUAUUUUAAAGAUUUUAUCAUUAGGCUUUGAGCAGGAAUUUGAUUUAAGUAAAAUCCAAGAAAAUCUUCUAGAUAAACAUCCAUCUCUUUCCUCAAAUAUCUCGGAAUUCAACUUGACCACUCCAAAAUUAAUUGACCACGAAACGUACCUAAGACAAGUAGAAACUGAAUUAAACAAAAUAUGUAAUAGUGUUAAUGUCACUAACGUCAAAGCAGCUGAAGCGGUAAAAUGUAUUAUUUUAUUAUUAUCGGGCAUUUUAUGCUCGGCGAAUAUCAAACUGCAACCUGUCAGUAUUAAGUUGGAUUCUCAUUUAGAUGUUGGUGCUGGCAUGGGUAGCUCUGCUAGUUUCGCUGUAGCAUUUUCAGCUGUCUUUAUGCAUUACUUAAAAAUAAAAACUCUUAAAAUGGCUAAUAUAUCAAAAGAGGGCUUUAGGCCUUUUAAAUGGAAUGAACUUGAGGUUGGAAAAGAACCGAAUUUUAGUGAAAAGGAACUGGCUCUUAUAUCUGAUUGGGCAUUUUGUGGUGAGCAGAUCUUUCAUGGCACACCUUCGGGAUUGGACAACACUAUUUGCACAUAUGGAAACCUAGUUGAAUUUAGAAAACAUCAUCCAACAGUUUAUAUAAAACUAACUGCACGCUUCAGGGUAUUACUUAUAAACUCUAUGAAACCCAGACAAACCCAUAAGAUGGUAAUGAAAGUCAAAGGACUCAAAAGUACUUUCCCUCAGCUGGUUGAACAUAUUUUGGACGCAAUGGAAGUCUUGACUCUUGAAGCAGUUGAUAUUAUGAGAAAAAUUGAUAGUAGCCCAGAUGUAGAUUCGAACAAUUUCCUCGAUGUUAAGAAGAAUUAUGAUAAUUGGGAGACCAUAAUAUCAAUUAAUCACAGUUUAUUGUGUUCUUUAGGAGUAACUGAUUCUAAAAUUGAAGAAGUUUUGACUAUCUUAGGAACAUUUGGGUUAACGGGCAAACUUACUGGAGCAGGAGGAGGUGGAUAUGUCUUGUGCGUGUUACCACCUGCGUUUGACCCCACAGGCGUCAUAAAAAAAUUGAAGGAGGAUAAUUUUGUGGUUCAUGAUACUUAUUUGGGCGGGGAAGGAGUUAAAGUAGAUAAAGAGUGAGCUCUCUAUAAUGUUACUUUUUGCUAACAUUUUAUGAUAGUUUUGUAUUUUUUUUACCGUUUCUUGGUUUGUUUUAUAGAAUAAUUGAAGUAAUAAUGUCCUCAUCAUUAUUUUUUAGAAAAUAAAUCUGAUCAUUAAUUAA